GUGCAGAUCUGCCGGAUGGAGCUGGUGCAUUUGACUGAGGUGGAAGAUCUGUGCAGAAAGGCACUCACCAACAUGGGGUUCGCGAAUCGCGAGUGCGUCAGCCCUGGCAGCAUCCUUGUUGCGUCAUUCCUACAGGCAUCUGCCGCAGGAUGUCGAACCAGUGUGUGAGGGGCUGCUCUGGGCUCAACGUCGCGGCAACAACCAGGGGAUCAUCAAAAUGUGAGCAGUGAAGACGUUCAGACACGAUCCACACACUCAUGAUGCCAAUUGCAUGAUGCUGCUUUCCAUCUCUCUGUGCAGCCCUGCAGGCGCUGUCAGGCCUCAGCCAUCGGCCGGCAAAGUGACGACCGUCUUUGAUACGAAGCUGUCUGCCAGGCUCGACGCACAACAGCGGCCCGGCAUGUACGUGCCAUUUGGAUGGCUGGCUGCAUGGAUGUGAGCGCUGUGUGUUGCAGCGUCGCUGUGCAGGAGGCCACUAAGAUGGCGAUUCAGAAAGCCAGAGAGCACGGUACAAAACUCUCACUCCAGGGGGAGGACCACAUGAACCCGCACCCUUGUUUGCUUCCCGUGCAUGCAGGCUUUGGGAUGGUAAGGAACCAAGAAGGCAUCAUCUGCUGCCGCUGCAUCAAUCAGAUCUGA